GCUCCUUUUUAGACUGGUUAAACAGAAUCUGUGUGGKUGUUGGGCUGCUCUUCUUUGCUUUGGCUGUCCUUACCUUCCUCUUGUGUAGCUGGAACCCCAAGAUUAACAACACAGCUCGUCUUCAUCUCUGCCUCAGCCUUGGCUUGACUCAAUUCUUAUUGCUAUGGAAUGAAAAAUAUGCUGAAAAUCAGUUAGCCUGUGCUGUCAUGGCAGGGGUUCUCCAUUACUUAGUUGUUGCAAGUUUUAUGUGGAUGUUGCUGGAGGCCAUCCAGCUCUACMUGCUGGUUCGAAAACUCACCAAGGUGCAGGUGAUCGAGAAGGAUGGUCUCCCUAAACCACUUCUCUACGUGAUCGGCUACGGCGUUCCCCUUGUGAUUGUGGGCAUUUCUGCGGCUGUUUAUUCAGCAGGAUAUGGAGCCACUGAUGCCAAGGUAUGCUGGUUAUCAGAUGAGMGGAACUUUAAAUGGGCUCUAACAGGACCGGUGAUAUUUGUACUCGCACUUAAUUGCAUCCUGUUUGGUGCUACAUUAUGGAGUCUGAGACCCACGUUAGCCAGCAUGAGAAGCGACAUCUCUCAGUCCAAAGACACAAAAUUGAUUUUGUUCAAGAUUUUGGCCCAGUUCGUCAUCCUGGGCUGCACGUGGAUUUUGGGCCUGUUCCAGUCAGGUCUUCUCCUGCAGAUUCUUUUUAUAAUUCUGAACUCUCAGCAGGGCACCUUUCUCUACAUCGUCCACUGUUUACUCAAUGAGGAGGUGAGAAAUGAGUACAGGAAAUGGCUUCCUUGUUUUUCCAGUAAAACCAGAGACGAAUCUGUGAAGGAUGUGUCCGUCUCUGGGGACUUCGAGAAAACUGAUGCACCUAGCGAUCGAUGAGGAUUUGGUGAAGCAGAAGUUAAAWGACCUUCCUUCUUCACUUCUAAUUAAUAAUCACUGUUAUUAGUGCUUUUCUUCAGGUCUUUUUCUCCCCUUUUUAAUAUUUUUAAUGUUAGAAUUUUAUAUAUUUAAUUUUUUGUUAUUUAAACUUUCAUUUCUGCUGCCUUUCAUUUCAUUUUAUU